UUCGAACUUGUCGUACUUCCUCUAAACACUUCUUUUCAACCAUUCGCGCGUUCCUUCUUGAAAGGCAGUCUUGUGCCUCUGAGAGUCUUCCAAACUAUAAAGAUACAAACAAAAACGAAGAUGAAAACGCUGACCACUGGAUUUAUUUUCUUACUUUUAUUUACAAUUCGUGUUGUCAGAACAGACGCAGAGCGAGAUGGCACUCUGAUGUUUGCUCAGGAAGGACAGAAUGUGACAGUGACUUGUCAUUACCACAGUGAAAUGGCCAUGCACUUCUCCUGGUACAAGCACAAACUCGGCCGGAAGCCUGAACUCGUCUCUACCAUGUACAAAUACGAAAGCAAACCCACGUUUUAUUCUGAAUUCAAGGAUAAGUCUCGGUUUGCAAUGGAUAAUGGGAAAGGUGUAACCCAUCUGAUGAUCAAAGAGUUACAGCGCUCGGACUCGGCCACCUAUUACUGUGGAAGUGCUCAUUCCAACAUCGUGGAGUUUGGGGAGGGAACGGAGCUGAUAGUGAGAGCUCCACAGAUCCGUCGCUUCUCUGUUUUCCACCAGCCUACAGUAUUACAUCCAGUUCAGCCAGGAGAUUCUGUGACUCUGGAGUGUACCAUCUUCACUGAGCACUGUGGAGAAGAUCACAGUGUGUACUGGUUCAGACAUGCAGCCGGAGAAUCUCGUCCAGGAAUCAUCUUCACUCAUGGAGACUCCAGCAGUCAGUGUACGAGGAGUUCUGAGACUGUUUCUCCUACACAGAGCUGUAUCUACAAACUCCCCAAGAACAACCUCAGCCUCUCUGAUGCUGGAACUUACUACUGUGCUGUAGCUGCAUGUGGAGAGAUACUGUAUGGGAACGGAUCCAGACUGGAUAUUAUGAACAAUAGAGGUGGUGACUGCUCCGAGCACAUGCACGUCUUGAUCCUUCUUUCUAUCGUGCGCAGUGCAGUUCUCUUGUGUGGUGCUGCUGUGAUUAUUAUCUAUUUUUGUACCAAUCAAAGAGCUAGUAUGAUAAGAUCAUCUCCAUCAUUGCAUUCUAGAAAAUCUACAGAGAAAAUUCCAAGUCAUUCUGUAGAAAAGACUCAUUUGUAAGUUUAGUUUGUUCAAGGUGUGGCUUAUUUUUACUUUGUUUCUUGUGUUACUGUGUCUUACUGUUUCUGUUCUGGAGUGUAGCCAGUGUAAGUCUCAAUAAAAUCCAGGAAAACUGAAACAUCUUAUUUUUCUCUCAUUUUAUUCUCUAGCUUUAUAUUGAGAAACACUGAAGCGUAUUUAUCAAAUUGAUACAGUGGUAUGAAAAAGUUUGAUCACCCCAGAUAAUUUUUAUGACUUUCCUUUAUAAAUCUUUGGUUGUUUGGAUCAGCAUUUUCAGGUUACCGGCUGAUAAUGGCACUCGUAGAACGCCUCUCAGCCAAUCAAAAUGCAGGGUCGGAACUAACUGUGCUAUAAUGAUACUUCAGUUAGCACCACUAAUAUAAAUAUAAUUGCAUUUUACAUUUCUUACAUGAUUUUUUUUUUCAUUUAAAUAUCCACUAUAAAAAAAAUUGAGUCUUAAGAAGAACAAGUGCGAGUAAUCGCAGUUAAUUGGAUUAUUUUUUUUAUCGAUUUACACCACUUAAAUAAGUAAUAA